AUGCUGCGCGAGCUGUGCGUCUCGGAUCUGCUUGCUUUGAGGAGAACGUCCCGCGUGCUCAACAUGCUUGUGACAGAGAACGCACCUGCGAUUGUGCGCUACUGGGUGAAGAACCGGCUCGGCAAUCUUCAUCUACAACUUUAUCCGGCUCCAAGACCGGACGCGAUCGACUUCCCAUUCUUACUCACUAUGAGACGGCGACACAUAGCGUCCAUCAGGUUGACACGUCAGCUUGCCAAUCACCUUGUAGGGGAGCCAACCGAACAGAGGCAGCUGUGGACAUCGGUGUACGAGAGGAUGCUACCCCUGGUCUUUGGGGUAGGCUACUUUCUAGAUGAACAUCGACGACUCCUUCUGGAAAGAGAUCUCGGCCACAUUCGACCACGCUCCCGUAUUGGCUAUCACGUCCGUACGACGGGUGGUAUCAGUAGCCAAGAAAGGAAGAUCUUGAAGAACCUGGAUGCACCACUGCGACUUCAGUACUUCUACAUGUACUGUUUCAUUGUGCAGGUGCUGCUUCGAAAGCUGAGACCUUGUAGUCGCGCUGGAGCAGUGGAAAAGUUCCUGCGGGGAUUUUCAAACCAGCCAGCCUGUUCCGAGGAUGUGGCCUUCUUCCUCAUACUUGGUGGCAUUGGGCAAGUUGCGAAGCUCCUCGCUUGCCCGGUAUAUAGCGAGCGGCGAAGAUAUCUCCUAACGUACAGAGCUCACAUGUCGCCACAUACGAGUAAAUGCUGGAGAAAGCACUGGAAGGAUGCUGGUGUGGUUUCACCUGCGUUACUAGACGACAUUCCUUGUACACAGAUUGGCAUAACACAGCUUGAUCAGGUCUGGGCUCCACUGAUAGCCCAGAUGAUGGAGACGGGGGCGAGAGACUUUACAGAACAGGAAAGGAUACGCUACGAGGAGCUGAAGAUGUCGAAGAAGUUCAUCAACGAAGUAAUGGGGUAUGACAUCCUGCGAGGUCGGGCAGCUGACGGAGGAGAGUUGGACGAUGAGCACGAGCCAUGA